UUCGACGAGGUAAGACGUGUCGCGCGGACGAGAAUGAAUUUCAUCGAAGUUUAACCAGGACAUUAUCGUGUCUUCCCAAAUAUGGUGGCAGGAUAAGUGUAUUAGCGUGUUUCGAAUCGUGAUUCGAUAGCACAAUAGAUUUUGAUAUCAAACAAUAGUUACGGACGGAUAUAGUGCAUCGCUAUUUAAAAGUGAUAAAAAAGCUGUGAAAUCGGUUCCGUCUUGGAAAGGAAAUAGAGUUAUUUUAUGCGAUUGCAUUGAAAAUUGUAUACAUUGUGUCAGUUUACAAACGUAUUCGAACUAUGGAAUGAUAUUUGCACUUAAUGGACGUGUUUUGUAAGGAAAAAUGUUGGCUGUGAAGAAUUUCUUUAUGCCGGAGAAGAGGGUGGAUUCUCCGAGGUUUUCUAGGAUGCCGGAGGCUCUGAUGCGAUCCAUAAGACGUAGGUCUUUGAGGGUCAAGAGGACUAAGUCUCUGGUUCUCGUGAACGAGAAAAGGAAGUCCGAUUCAUUCGUAAACAGUCAAGAAUGGACGGCGUCACGCGGAGUUACCGAGUUGCGUGUAGGAGUCCUAGGCUCCCCGGACAGUGGCAAAUCAGCCUUGGUCCACAGAUAUCUAACGGGGGCGUACAUGCAAGAAGAAAGCCCUGAAGGCGGGCGUUUUAAGAAAGAGGUGAUAAUCGAUGGCCACAGUUACCUUUUACUCAUCAGGGACGAGGGCGGCGCGCCGGAGAUGCAGUUUACUGCUUGGGUAGAUGCCGUAAUAUUCGUAUUUAGUCUCGAGAACGAUAUCAGCUACAAUACUGUUUCAAAUUACUUCAAUAAGAUGUCCCACUAUCGGAAUUCAGCUGAAAUUCCGAUCAUACUAGUUGGGACUCAAGAUGCCAUAAGUGAAAGCAGUCCGCGCGUUGUGGACGACAACCGCGCUCGUAAAUUGUCGAAUGAACUACGGAGGUGCUCUUACUACGAGACGUGCGCAACGUACGGCUUAAACGUAGAACGUGUGUUUCAAGAUGCUUGUCAGAAGAUAGUUGGUACGAGAUUAUCAGUAUCAUCCCAAUGUCUGUCUGGUGGUUCGAGGCCGGUUACUCCACAGCCAGUGGCAAACUCACCAAGCCAUAACCAUUCAACAUUCCUUUAUAAGGAUUCUCUCCCACGCGGCCACCAUACACUGUCCGCGUCGUCCCAUCAUCUUCACCGUGGCACUUCGUCUUUCGACGCGUCGUCUAACAGCAGCGGGAUAUCAUCCACUCAUGUUGUAGAAAUACACAGCACAAAUGGUUCUGACACUUCAUCAAGAUGGGGCAACUCUCUCGGCAGCCACGGAUCAUCAUCAGGUCUCGUAUCCAUCGCAACGGAGAACAACAAUGUCAAGUUCACAGCACCACACUGCUUGGACAACCUACAAUCAUCGAAGGAUGUCAAAGACCUACCCACACCAUCGUCUACUCCCACCACGUCUAGGAAGUCGAGGAGAAGAUCCAAUCUCUUCACGCCCUCGAAAAAGGGGGACGAUAGAUUAAAAAAUGGGGAGCUCGGAUCUGGGAGAGCGAUACCGUUAAAACAGGGAUAUUUGUACAAAAAGAGCAGUAAAGCACUGAAUAAGGAAUGGAAGAAGAAAUAUGUAACGUUAUGUGAUGAUGGAAGAUUAACUUAUCACCCUAGUUUACAUGAUUACAUGGAGGAUGUAAACGGUAAAGAGAUAUCACUACAGUAUGUCACUGUGAAGGUUCCGGGACAGAAACCUCGAGGAUCCAAGUCUAUUAUCACAACGGUACCCGGAUACAAUGGGUACACUAGCAUGGACAUACAUGACAGCAUCGGAGGUUUGUCUCUAGGUUACAAAGACAAACCAACACGAGCAACAGAUAAAGCUUUGUUGUCGGCAUUCGAUACAAUGAAGGAACCCGCGUCUAGUCGACAGUCGCUCGCCUCCGAGGUGGAAGUGUGCUCCACCAUCGGGACAGACAAGGACACGCCGCAUGUCAAGAAGAGGCACAGACGUAUGAAGAGCAGCGGCGUUAAAAAGGAUGGAGACGAAGAUGCCGAAAGCGCGACAUCGUGCGAAUUCACAAUAGUCAGCUUGGACGGCAAGCGGUGGAGGUGGGAGGUGGGCGCCGGCGGGACCCCGGCCGCCUGCGCCGCCGAGCGGGACGCCUGGGUCGCCGCCGUCGAGGCGCAGAUACUCGCCUCGCUGCAGGGACGGACAUCUCGCCAGCCGAUGCCCACGGGCGCCAACUCGACGGGCGACGUGCGCGCCACGUACUACAUCCGCAGGGUGAAGGGCAACGACAAGUGCUGCGACUGCGGCGCUCAGGAUCCUGAUUGGGCGAGCUUAAACUUGGGUGUGUUGAUAUGCAUCGAGUGUUCCGGUAUACACAGGAAUCUCGGCUCGCAUAUAUCGAGGGUGCGAUCCUUGGAUUUGGACGAGUGGCCCUUGGGGCACGUGAGUGUGAUGGUGACGAUGGGAAAUGCUCUAGCUAAUUCAAUAUGGGAAUCAGAUCUACGGGGGCACAUCAAGCCCAUAGCUACUUCAACGAGGGAAGAGAAAGAACGAUGGAUCCGCCUGAAGUACGAGCGGCGCGCGUUCCUGUCGAGCGAGCCGGCGGCGGGCGGCGCGGACGCGCUGCGGGCGGCGAGCGCGCGCGGCGCCGUGAGCACGCUGGCGCGCCUGCUGGCCGCGCCGCCGCCGCGCGCGCCCGCGCCGCACGAGCGCGCGCUCGCCCUGCGCGCCGCCGCCGCCGCCGGCCACCUGUCCGCCGCGCAGCUGCUCAUAUGGCACAACGGCAACCCGAACUUCCCGGACGCGGACGGCCACACGUGUGUGUUCUACGCCCGAGCGGCCGCGAACCACCUAUCGGGUAUACCCACCCAGUACCCGAAAAAUCUUCAAAUCACCUGCCCGCUCCACCCCAACCCCCCCACGAGUUCCGGAACCAAUUCGACUAGCUCCAGCUCGAGUACGAAGAGCACGAAGAUCCCGGAUCCCGAAUGUAAUUGUAUCAUAUUCGAGUUAUUGAACGCGCAGAGCGCUUCGAACGCACUGGUCGAGAUUUUGAUCGGCUUGCAGAACAACCAGUACAUGAGUAACGGGUUCGAUUCCUUCAGUCAGACGCUAGGCAGGCCUCUGGGACCUAACCUAUCACUAACCAAUGGCAAGUGUGGGAGCAUUGUGUAGUUAUCUUUAAUAUAAUUCUACGUUUUUGUAGUUCGUAUAGUUUCGGAUGUUGGAACUUGGUUUGAUAGCUGGUGACUCAAACGUAACAAGAAGUUCGAUGUGUUUCUAUACAUCAAAAUAAAUAUUGUUUUUUCGUGUACUAUAACCAUUUAAUCUAUUUGCGUAGUUAUCAUCGUUGUAAUUAAUACAAAGUUCAUUUUAAAUAUGCGGUUGUGUGAGAUUCAGAGAUUUUCAUUCAAUUGUAGGUAUCUCAAACUGUUUUCACAAUGAGCCACCAGAAUAUAAUGUAAUAAAAAACGUCGUAUUAAGUUUUUGAUAUCGAAUUCUAUAUGAAAUUCGACUGAUGUCUAAUAAUUCAUCAUACGUAGUUACCAAAAUCACCGAGUAUACACAUAGUAUUUGCAUAAAUAAUAGUAUAAAUGUAGCUUAAAAAAAGCUAUUAGUUUAUAAAGUAAUGUAAGGUUUUUUCUUACAGAGACACAGUGUUUUAUGUUCACUUUUUUUUUAUUAAUUAUUUAAUCGAUGUAGAUAAAGAAUA